CUGCCUCUUUGCUUGGUUUCUAUUUUCCCCAAAAUUCAAAACCCCGUUACUGUUGCUGCAAGACCCAUCGUAAAGCAUGGUGCAAAAGUAUGAAUCUCCGGUCAGGAUCUACAAAUAUCCCUUCGAGCUGGUUGUGGCGGCAUACGAACGACGCUUCCCCACGUGCCCACAAAUGCCGAUCGUGCUCGACUGCGAGAUCAUCGAGGACAACCUGUACGACAAUGGGGCUCGGCGUGACACGAAGCGGCGCUGUACGAUCGCCGUCGAGGCGCCGUACCUCAUCAAGAAAAUAAUCGGCGUGGAUGUGGUGUUCUUCAUCCAGAAGAACUUCCUCGACAUGCGGACGCGCACGCUGAGCAUUGAGGCGACGAACGAGUCGUUCGCGACGCGCGUGGAAAUCUUCGAAAAGUGCCGCUACUACGCGCACCCGGAAAACCCGGACUGGACGUGCUUCGACCAGACGGCCACGCUCGACAUUAAGAACUUCUUCGGCAUCGAACACUCGAUGGAGAAGAUGGGCAUGAAGCAGUACACGCAGACGACGCUCAAGGGCAAGGAAAUCAUCGAGUACUUCGUGAACGAACUCAAACAGGAAGGCGUAACGCACGUGGAAAGAUGGGCCGAUGACGGCGCGAGUGAAGAUCGCAUCAACAAGAGCACCAGCAGCGGCACCGGUACAGGAGCGUCCGAGAAGCCGCCGCUGCUGCGCGACAACUCGAUCCUCGACGCCGACUACAUCGCCAAGUAUCUCGGCCAACUAACGCCACUACAGGAAUCGAAGCUAGUGCAGUUCCGCAAACGUUUCGAAGAAACGGCCGAACACCCGGAACCGGAUUACCAAACGUUGCUACGUUUUCUCCGGGCUCGUGACUUCAGCAUCGACAAGUCGACGGUUAUGCUGCAGGAGUCGUUACAGUGGCGCAAGGAGCACCGGAUCGACGACAUUUUGGGCGAGUACAAAACGCCGGCGGUGGUGGAAAAGUACUUCCCGGGCGGGUGGCACCAUCACGACAAGGAUGGCCGUCCGCUCUACAUUCUGCGGCUCGGCACGAUGGACGUGAAAGGAUUGCUAAAGUCGGUCGGCGAAGAUGAGCUGCUCAAGUUGACGCUACACAUUUGCGAGGAGGGCUUGAAGCUGAUGAAAGAGGCAACGAAACUGUUUGACAAGCCGAUCUGGAACUGGUGCCUGCUGGUCGACCUAGACGGCCUCUCGAUGCGGCACCUGUGGCGACCGGGAGUGAAGGCCCUGCUGCGUAUCAUCGAAACGGUCGAAAAGAACUACCCGGAAACGAUGGGCCGUGUCCUGAUCGUCCGAGCACCGCGCGUUUUUCCGGUGCUCUGGACCAUUGUCAGCGCGUUUAUCGACGAAAAUACCCGCUCCAAGUUUCUGUUCUUCGGCGGUCCCGACUGUAUGCACAUGGAAGAUGGCAUAGAGCAGUACGUGCACACGGACAAGAUUCCCAGUUUCUUGGGCGGCUCGUGCAAUCCAAACAUACCGAUCGUGACGGAAGCGGUACCGGCGAAACUGUUCACGCGCUGCUUUCUGGGCGCUUGUCAUUGUACCUUAAUACACGAGGGAGGUCUAGUGCCGAAGCAUCUCUACAAAUCCGAGUCGAUUGAGGAGAGCAACGGGGCCAUCCAAGCGCACGAUAGCCAUGGCCUGUACAAAUCGGUCGAUCUCAAGCCCGGCCAACUGUUUGAACUGGCCAUCCGUAACACCGAUCCGAAGAGUGUGCUCACCUGGGACUUUGAGGUGCUGAAAAACGAUACCCUGUUCAGCGUGUACCAUACGACAAAGGAGCUCGAACGCAACGCCAAUGAUAACUUUUCAUCGGUAUUCGACGCCGCCGGGUUUACGGAAGGUGUCAAUUAUAGUAAAAUAGAACAAGGCGUUCGAUGCCGCCCGAAAGAAGGUGUACAGGGUUCCCACGAAAUGGCCAACACCGGCACCUACGUCCUGCAGUGGAUGUGUCCACCGUCCAGUGACGGGCCAGCUCAAUUGAUGUAUUUCCACGAAACGCUCAGCUCUGCCAACUACAAAGGCUCGAUGACUAGUCUGCAGUCGGGAUUCUCCUCCAACAGCCUACAAUCCCGAUGAUGAACAACGAAUGAGACUGAACCGAGCGCAGCCAGUCAGCCCUCGGCUGCAGCCCAAUCAUCUGUCCACUCAAUCAGCCCUUUGCUCUAGUGAUUCCCCCCUCUUUACGGGGAGCACAAAGACCGGGUCCGGGGUCACUUUGUGGUGUGGCACACACCAUGUGCUUGCGCUGACCCGGCACCGAUGCAGCCAAUGAAACAUUUUUUUUACUCAAUGUUAUCCACUCUAUACCGCGGAACCCUUGCUUGCGCGACAGCGCAUUUGUGCAAAAUGUUUUACGAAGGAACAGCAGCAGUGAGAAGCAUAAUCAAUUAUUGAAACAAUCUCAAUGAGCAAACACAAAACCGAUCUCGUAGUUACACAGUAAUUUGUAAAAGUAGUAAGGAAGACAAAUGGAGAGCAGCUAGUUUCGUACGAACGUUAGGAAAAUGCUACUUCCCUGCCGUCCUACCGUUGUGUCCCGUGUGAGGAGGACAAUAAUAGAAGGCGAAGUGUGUCAGGCGACGAACGCGACGGACACGAAGAGUGAUUUUGUGCACACAACGCACCACUUACACCACAAACCAUCCCCUUACUGUCUCUGUCUGUAUCUGCAAUGUUCGCCGUUCGCGCUUUUGUAAAACUGUAACGAUGUAAAUCUCAUUCCCACAAUCACGAACUCGAUCACGAAUCUUCAUUGGCACACCGUGUCCGGGAGGCGUAAGCCGCGGCUGCCUUAUGGCACGAAAGCGGCAGAAGGUAGAACGAAUGUCGAACCACAACCAGUCACCUGGUUUUUAUGUUUCUCAUGUGGAGCAGACGUGUGUAAAUAUUCUUAAUUUCGGUAGUAUCUCAUUUUUCAUAAAAUAGCUAGCAUAGGCACACACCAAUCGUGAUAGAUAUCAAACGGCGUGGAAAAGUGUAACUUUUUUCAUUUGUACUUUACAAAUCACUUGCGUAUGAUAUUUUAGAGCUUCGAACAUAUUGUACUGUUACGAUUUUAUUGUUAGGAAGAAGAGGAAAACAGCAAACAUACUCCCGGUUUUCCCGAAUCUUUUAUUCGCACCUCAUUUCAACUCAACUAGAAUGCACAGGAUGAUGGAAGAAUAUGCUUUCAUGUGCAGUGGCUAGUGAAACAAAGUUUAUUCUCACAAAACACAAAUGGUUAAUACGAGGAUGCAAAAAUUGUUUUAGUCAAUCAAAGAUAUGUCGAAAGAAGCUAUUUUAUUUAAGAGAAAUUAAAGAAAAACGCCAAAAAUUCUUCUGACAAACAGUUUGUUAUUGAAAACUAAGUUUAUUUUGUGCUAUACUGGCCAUUGCGCUCACACACUAUUGUAAAAACAGCGUUGGUUAUGUCCUGCGGUCCUUUCUACAGUCCUCAGGUAUUAUUGUUGAUCAGAUUGUUUUAAUUUUAAUUAAAUUUAUUUGAGUUAAUUCUGUUGAACUACUUUUAGUCUUCUCGGGGUACUGGUGCAUUACUGCUGAGCAGGGUGAAAUCUUGAUCAAGAAGACGUUUUCCUUCGGGAAUUAUUACUUCCUUCGGCCAGGUUUGAUAAGCUUUCGAGUCACCACGACCAGGAUAGGUUUUUUACUUGUCAGAUUUAUGGAAAAAGCAACGCAAUGUCUUGUGAAUUUUUCAACGUGCGUUUCCUACCCUUAAUGCUGCAUUUUGAAUAACAAAGAAUAUGAAAAAUCAAGCCAUUAUUACUCAUAACUAACUGAAUCUUCCCUAGUUGCUUUAAA